GGGGCGGUACCUACAGGCAUCCUCUAGUGACGGCUUUCCCCACGUCACGUGACUGGGAGACCGAUACAGAAGAGCCGGAACUGCUGGUGCUGCUGUGACAGUAGAGUCUGAGAGGAGCUGAAGUUCAUUGGAGGAAGGUCUCAGAAGAUCCAUUCCAUGUUCCAGAGGCUGCACUAAAGGUGAGGCCCCAAUUCGCUUGGCACAAUGAUCAGCAUGGACACAAAGCAGGUGGCUGAGAGAAUCUUGAACCUGACUCUGGAGACCAUUUUCUUCCUGACUGGAGAGGAUUAUAUUGUAGUGAAGAAGCAGAAGGAGCCAAACAAAGAGAGGGUCGGUACCUGCAUAUCAGAGGGGAUCUGUCCAGUGAGGAAUCCCAUCCCAACCCCUCGCCAGAUCCAUGAUGGGAAUAUCCUCGCACUCACUCACACAAUUGUCCACCUGCUGACCGGAGAGGUCCUUAAUCGCUGUAAAGAUGUCUCUUUUGGCUUCUCAGCGGAGGAUCAGCUGUACCAGAUGGAGAGUCAGCAGAGCCCCAGCCCCCUGGGCUGUGACAGUAUAAAUCCUGAAAUCACUGGGAAUGAGAGAGUUUUGGAAUGUGAGAGAGAAUGUACAGAAACGCCAGAGAGAAAAAUGCACCCGGCUCCCCCUGCAGGGGAAUCAAGUAACAGAAACUCUCCAAUCACAAGUCUGAGGGAUCAUUAUGCACAAGAGUCUCCAGGAGAAGAGAAUAGGAUGACACAGGAAUAUCAGAUUAAACAAGAGGAUGUGACCUUCCCACAGCAGUACAACGAUGAGCAAAGUCCUGCACAGAUCACAAAGGGUGGAGCUGCCAGUUGGGAAAUGGCACAGAGAGAGCUCCGUUCUGCUUCCCAACUUCCCUUCACAAAUGAUCAAAGUUUAAAUGUACUUGGUGAGAAUUCAGCUACAGAAAGGACAAGUAAACCAGUGAGGCUUUGUAUCAAUUACGCUUCCUUCCAUGAAGAAUUCCCUCUCUUUGAGAUUCCCGGAGACCAGACAGGAGUGGAUUACACACAGAGGCUGGAGGAGACCAGAGAGGGAGACCGGGAGAAACUGUAUUUGUUUUCUAAAUGUGCAAAAGGUUUCACCGACAAAUCAACUUUAAAUAAACAUCAGAGUUUCCACAAAGGCCCCUUUACCUGUUCCCAGUGCGGAAAAAGUUUCAAGUGGAAGUCCAAUCUUCUGGUGCACGAGAGAAGUCACGCCGGGCACAAACCCUUCGCCUGCUCCCAGUGCGGAAAAUGUUUUGCCCACAAAUCGACUCUGGUUAAACAUCAGCUGUUCCACAUGGGAGCCUUUACGUGUUCCGAAUGCGGCAAAAGCUUCAGCCAAAAGUCGAAUCUGUUAGCCCACGAGAGGUGUCACACCGGCCACAAACCCUUUGUCUGCUCUGAGUGCGGCAAAUCUUUCAGCCAGAACUCCAACCUGAUUAUACACCAGAGAAUUCACACGGGGGAGAAACCAUUUGUCUGCUCUGAAUGCGGCAAGUGCUUCACUCAGUGCGCCAGUCUCCUCGCUCACCACCGGACUCACACGGGAGAAAAGCCUUACACAUGCUCCGAUUGUGGCAAAACUUUCACUCGGAUGACAAACCUUGCUACACACCAGCGCAGGCACAAAACAACAAUGUGAUUGGACACUUUCACACACCAACUUUCUCUUAAUACUCUGCUUUCAUUUUAGAAGAAUAUUUCUUCUUCGUUCUGUUAUUAUUUAUGAUUUGUCCAAAUAUAAGAAUAAUAUAAAUAUA